GCCCUCGCCCCACCACCCCCGGGCGGUGGAAGGGGGCCGUACACGUCAGACACGCCAGUGUGGGCCUGCCUCCCCCGCUGGAGUGUCAGCAAACGCCUUCCUCUUCUGCUCGUGCAGCUCCUACCCCAUUUCCUCGCCCACCCCCGGGUCGCCUCUUCCUCCGCCGCCGCGCCGGGCUGGUCCGAGCGCACGGCAGCCUGGGCAUGCGGCUGGGGCAUGCUCAGUAAGAGCCAGGCGCUGGGAGCGGGCUGGGGCGCGACACCCUCUUCCUGCCUCUCUCGCUUGCGUCAGCUCAAUGUUGCAGACGCCGGGCUGAGGAGCGCGCGUGGCCCCGCUCGGGCUGGUGGCCGAAGCUCCCCUCGGAACGCUGGGACACUUUGGAACGUCCGCGGCGUCCAAUCGGCUGCUGGCGGCGGCCCGCUCCCGAGAGCGGCCCCGGAGCCGGUUUGUUGCGCGCGCGGGUCCCGCCGGGUUUCGGCGCGUGGCCACCCAGGUGCCCGCAGUUCGAUGGUUGGUUCGGACCGCGAUGAGCCGCCCGUCCUCCGCCGGCCCCGGUGCUAACAAACCCUGCGGCAAGCAGCAGCACGCGCCGUCCCCCGCUGCUGCCCCCGCUGCCGCCGCCACCAUCUCGGCUGCCGGCCCCGGCUCCUCCGCGCUACCCGCCGCGGCCGCUGUGAUCUCAGGCCCGGGAGGCGGCGGCGGCGGCGGCGGGCCGGUCUCGCCUCAGCACCACGAGCUGACCUCGCUGUUCGAGUGCCCCGUCUGCUUCGACUAUGUGCUGCCCCCGAUCCUGCAGUGCCAGGCCGGGCAUCUGGUGUGCAAUCAAUGCCGGCAGAAACUGAGCUGCUGCCCCACGUGCAGGGGAUCCCUGACCCCAAGCAUCAGGAACCUGGCCAUGGAGAAAGUGGCCUCGGCUGUCCUCUUCCCCUGCAAGUAUGCCACUACAGGCUGUUCCCUGACACUCCACCAUACAGAAAAGCCGGAGCAUGAAGACAUCUGUGAAUACCGUCCCUACUCCUGUCCAUGUCCUGGUGCCUCCUGUAAAUGGCAGGGCUCUUUGGAAGCCGUGAUGUCCCACCUCAUGCACGCCCACAAAAGCAUUACCACCCUUCAGGGAGAAGACAUAGUCUUUCUCGCCACGGACAUUAACCUGCCAGGAGCUGUUGACUGGGUCAUGAUGCAGUCUUGCUUUGGUCACCAUUUCAUGCUGGUGUUGGAGAAACAGGAGAAGUAUGAGGGUCACCAGCAGUUUUUUGCUAUUGUGUUGCUCAUUGGCACUCGCAAACAAGCAGAGAACUUUGCAUACCGACUGGAGCUGAAUGGUAACCGGCGCAGGCUGACCUGGGAGGCAACGCCCCGCUCCAUUCACGAUGGGGUGGCUGCUGCCAUCAUGAACAGCGACUGUCUAGUUUUCGAUACAGCUAUAGCACAUCUUUUUGCAGACAAUGGAAACCUUGGCAUCAAUGUGACUAUUUCUACGUGUUGUCCGUGAUUAUAUGUGUCGUUAGUGAAACCGAGGGUUGUCUGGGCAUAGUGCUUUACAUUCUUAAGGGUUUUUUAAAAUGAUACUCAACUAUGUCUUCAUAUAUAUCUCUUAGGAUUCCUAAUUUAGCCAACAUUUUGUAACAACUUUCUCUUUGGGUUGUAAGUCAUGGCUAACCAGACAAGAUGAGCGAGUGUCCUAUCAAUUAUCCGAACAGGAAAAGGGUUUUUUUAGAAUUCUUGGAUGCUUUUUGAAGAUUUUUUACCACUUUUAAAAACAACAGAGCUUCCAUUAGACAUAUGUCUUUAAUAGACUUGAGAGUCUAUUUUUCUCUUUGAAGUGCACCCAAAGCUCCCCUCAAGAGGAGUUAUCCAAGGAGAAAACAGGCACCUCUUGACUUACUCCCCUGCUGGGCUUUUAAAAAGAGAAUAAACAAAUAGCUUCAAGUGUGGUACCCAUGAGAGGUUAUUGUGACUCAGAGAGGAACAAAAGGUACUUUGGUAUAGGUUCCCUUGCUGCUCUGAUUCCCUCUUCUUUAUUUAAAAAAAAAGAAAGAAAGAAAGAAAGAAAGAAAGAAAGAAAAGAAAAAAAACAAACAGUUGUGUUGGCUCACUUGCUGUGUCUUUAAAAAAUGAACCAGGCCUGAUCCUGCAAAGUGUUGAGCAUCUUCUGCUCCCAUUCACUUUGUUUAAAGUUCAGUAUGCCUGGAACAUUUUACAAGGACCCUGGAUCAGGUGCUAGUAAAGCAAGAGGCGCAUAUCUAAUAGUUCUCAAACAGCUAGGAGUUGAUCAUAUAGCGGUGCAUUCAGGUUGUUUACAUGUGGCUUCCCCUGGAGACAUACUUGAUUAUUGAUAUUGUCAGAGAUUGAUUAGAAUAAUACAGUGAAAGCUUUAUGGCCAGUGUCAUGUCAUUUGCUAUUUAAGUUUUUGU